AAAACGAUUCUCACAACCGAAAUGUACGUAUCUAUAAAAUAAUGGCUGUCUUUAAGUCAUGAAAACGAAUCUCGAAUGUUUUUUCUUUUCCUUUUUACUUGAAUUACUGCAAUGGUGUCAAUUACAACCACAGAAAAUGUAUUGCUAAGCUUAGUUGUAAGCAAUUCGGGAACAGAAGUCGACGGGACAAGCGAUUAAAUGAAAGAAAAAGGUUCUUACAACAAAAAGAAAAGUUUGGACGGAGAAAAAGAAUACAUACAAGGACCCCGCACCUACCAGAAAUAAGACAACUCCUCUAAAAUUCUCCUUAUAUUAGAGAUCUCAGAGGAGACUGGUUGCUCAGUUUUUUUGAUCCAGAAUGAGGCCUAGCACUCCAAGGUCCUAUGGGCGGCUAGAGAGGCCGUUGGAGACGAAGAAAUGGGGGAGGAAAAAAACUAUCGGGGUCGUCAUGACGGCGGCUCUGGUUCUGUCUAUAAUUCUCGUCGCUGUGUCCGCCGGAAUUGUAAUUGCCCGGAAAAAAAAAUCCAAGAAUGGAGGCGAGUGGAAUUCCGGGUCGAGGGUCAUCAAUAAGGCGUGCAGCAAGACAUUAUAUCCGGCCCUCUGUGUUUCGACUCUGAUUUCUUAUCCCGGCGUUGGAGCAGCAGAUCGCAAAGAUUUUGCUCACAUGACGGUCAACGUUAGUUUGGCCGGCGUUCGAGAGGCCUACGGCAUGGCUCUCAAUGUAGCCCCGGUGGGGAUGAGCUCUACUGAGCGCUACGCCUUGGAAGAUUGCCUGGAGCUUCUAGAAGAUUCCAUGGAGCAUCUCGAAGCUUCGAUGAGCAAAUUGGCGGCGAUUAAUUCGAAGUCCCGGAAGCGCCACAUUGCAGAUGUGCAGACUUGGCUUAGCGCCGCCCUUACGAACCAGGAGACUUGUCUUGAGGGUUUCGAAGGUUCCAGCAGUAAUGUGAAGGCCCAGAUCGAGGAAAGAUCUAAGAAAUUGUCUCAAUUGGUGAGCAAUUCUCUGGCUUUGCUAAAAGUUUCGUUCCCGGAAAGUGGGCCAGAUACUAAUGAGUUCCGGAUCCCGUCUCCUCCUGGCCAAAAUCGGCGCCGUCUUUUGCAAGAUCACGAAGAGUUCUAUGAGCAAUAUGGUUUUGAGGACCACGAUGUGGAAUUUCCGUGGUGGUUGUCGGAAUCUGAUCGUCGGCUUUUGCUGGCGCCUGAUGCUGCUGUUGCAGGAGCCAAUGUGAUUGUGGCCAAAGAUGGAAGUGGGCAGUACAAGACAAUUGCUGAGGCCGUUAAUGCGGCGCCGUCAAAAAGCAACCAGCGGUUCGUUAUCUAUAUCAAAGAGGGGAUCUACUCCGAAAAUGUGAAUAUUUCCAAGAAGAAGACGAAUGUGAUGCUGGUUGGGGAUGGAAUUGGGAGGACUACUAUUGUUGCAGGGAGAAGCGUGAUGGGCGGGUAUACUACGUUCCGUUCUGCAACUCUCGCGGCAACUGGCAAAGGAUUCAUUGCACGGGACAUAACAUUCGACAACAAUGCGGGCCCGGAGAAGCAUCAGGCCGUAGCUCUCCGUGUAGGAGCGGAUUAUUCUGCAAUUUACCGGUGCAGCUUCAUCGGUUACCAGGACACCCUUUAUGUCCACUCCAACCGCCAAUUUUACAGAGAAUGUGACAUUUACGGCACUGUCGACUUCAUCUGCGGCAACGCCGCCGUCGUUAUACAAAACUGCAACAUCUUUGCCAGAAAACCGAUGGAUAAGCAGAAGAACACGAUCACGGCGCAGUCCAGGAAAGAUCCGAAUCAGAACACCGGAAUCUCAAUCCAUAACUGUAAAGUUAUGGCCGCCAGAGAUCUUGUUCCGGUGAAGAGCUCUUUUCCGACGUACCUCGGGAGGCCGUGGAAAAUGUACUCGCGAACGGUGUACAUGCAAACAUUCUUAGACGAUCUGAUCAGUCCUGCAGGAUGGCUCGAGUGGUCGGGGAAUUUCGCGUUGAAAACCUGUUAUUAUGGCGAGUACAGAAAUACGGGGCCCGGCUCGAAUGUGGCCGGAAGAGUGACAUGGAGUGGUUACAGAGUUAUCAAAACGGCAGAUGAGGCAUACCAGUUCACUGUGGCUUCCAUGAUUUCCGGCAAUUCUUGGUUGCCGUCCACCGGAAUCUCCUUCACUGCCGGUUUGCUCGGUAUCUCGUGAUGGACCAGUGCAGGAAUGGAAAAGCGGGCAUACCGUAAUAUUGGUGUAUUUACUGGUACGGACGGCGAUGAAUUCAAGCGUCACUUACCGUAUAUUCGUUUGGCUUUUAAGCCAAUAUAAAUUGGCAAUGUAAUUUAGAGUAUGCGUACUUUUUUCACGGAAAUAAUUGAAUGGAGUUUAGCUGUGAAGGUUCCACAA